GGAUGUGCUCAGCUACCACUGGAAGCAAGAGCAGCGCAUCAACAUUUUGGAAGUCACCGCCUUCCUCGCUGAGCUGCGAAGGAGAACAGGAGAUCCCUCCGAGCACGGCAAGCGCUUUUUCAACAUCCUGGACUCCCUCGUCUCUUUCUACGUUCUUUUUAAAGGCCGAUCCUCUUCGGGUCGCCUGAACCGACUUUGCCGCCGAGUUACCGCCGUCAACAUCGCAGCAGCCGUGCUCCCCAUCUCCUUGUGGACCAUCUCCAAGUGGAAUUUCUAUGAUGAUGCGCUACCUCGAAAUCUGGUGGAGCUGGAUGAGGAGUUGGCCGAGUACAUUAACAUUUGUUUCAGGAAGGAGAUCACGUCUCCCUGGGCGGUUGGACAAUUAGUGGGCUGCGGCGCUUCUUUCCGACGUGCCGCCUUCAUCUUACAACUGCUCAGCUCUUCUACAGGAACUGGUGCAGGGUACAUCUCCCGAAACGCACCACUCCGUUGUCGUGGCUGGGUGCCAAAGCUAUGGCGGCGGCAGCCUUUCGAGUCCAUCGGCACAAUGGCGUCAUUCCGGACUUCUUUUGCAGCACUGGUGCGCUCCAUCGGAUUGGACCCAGUGGACUACCUCCCUUACUGCCUGCGCCGUGGUGGGGCGACCCACUUCUACCAGCAAACCCAAUUAUUGGGUCGGACCAUGGUCCAGGGGCGCUGGAAAGACCAACUCACUGCACGUAUGUACGUGGAUGAUGCCCGAGCUACGCUUAUCCAGCUUCAGCUACCCGCCCACGUCUCCACCCUUCAACGCUGCCUAGCUUCUUGGCGAGUCGCGUCGCAAGGUUGA